AGUGUGAUAUCAUGGAAAAACAUUUCCUAAGGAAGCCCAACGCCCUUUUCUAUCUCAGGUUUCUUUUCAUUGGAGCUUGAAGCUCAAAGUUCAUGGUUUCAUCAAAGCAGCUCCAAAUCCCCAAGGUGAGGUAGUUCUCACCUGGAGCCCGUGUGUGUUCCUCUACCCUUUGGCUGGGCGCAGUCACCUGGGAAUCAUUCCAGCAGGUGGCUUCCAAAGUGCAACCUGCUAGGUUGAAAUCUGACACUGACAGACUGCCUGGGAGCUGCUACUGAAAACUAAACCAGGAACCAGGAAAUGCACAAGCUCUUUAUGUAGAUAAACAGCGAGGCUCCCUCGGAGACAGAGCACCAUGGGAAACCGGCUCUGCUGCGGGGGAAGCAGGAGCUGCCCAUCCAUCUUCCAGAGGAAAAAGAAAAUGGGGGGUCAACCCAGAUGGACACUGAAGCAGCAGCGACAGAAGCAGAAUGGCACAAAGGGCCAUGUCACAACAGGACAUGCGCGUAAGCAGGUGUUGGAGCCGCCUGCGUCUCAGCGGCGGAAGCAAGGCCCCAGGUCAGAGGACAGCAGCUUACAUUACGCAGUCAUUCAAGUGUGCAGCCAGCCCCAGCCACGCUCCGCCCGGGAGGUGAAGCACCUGCAGUCAGAAAAUGCUACAGAGUAUGCCACCCUUUCCUUCCCCCAGGCCACGCCCUGCUAUGACAGCAAGAACGGGACGCUAGUGUGAGCCUCGGGGAAGAAGGACCAGCUUCCAUCAUUUCACCAGGACUCCCGUGGGACAAUAAACUGUUUUUGGAGAACCGGGUGGCAGCCCAGGAAUGGUGCCACAUUUUAAGUUUAAAGAAUUCAGGAGCCCCUGGAAUUGUGUCCCCAGUCUUGCUCUCUCCCCAUAUGCCUAUCUCUUAUUUGCCGCCGUGAGCUUGGAGUUGUAUUUGGGUUAGUCAGGGGUGGAUGGAGUUGCACUUAAAACGAGGGGGUAGGUUGAGUGUGCGGGAAGGUAGGUUUUGAUCCUACUCUCAAAAAAAAAAAAAGUGAGGGAAAAACAGGUUACCCCUUAAGUACUUGAGCUGACCUUGUUGAACUUAAUUUAAUGACGCCCUGUUGCAUACCUGAAACUGCAAAGCUGAAGAAGACGUGCACUGAAAAGGCCUCCUGGGCUUUAGUACACAGCCCUGGGCCUGGCUGGGCCAUUUGCUCAGUGGCUGGGUCCACGUCCAGACCUGAACAGACACCUGAGGCUUGGAGGAAGCAUUUUCCAAGCAUCCAUUACCAGGACCUCAAGUCACUGAUACUGACAGCACUGCGUGGCCAGACCGUUGGUUCUCGAAGGUGCUGAGCCGCUAGGAACAAUAAAUCUCUUACGGAA